AUGCCGGAUCCCUUCGUUGAGCUGCGAAAUGCGCGACAGACGAAGAAUGGUUUCCUCAAGUACUUUCACGAGGAAAUCUUCAAUCUAAACUUUUACCGGGCACACAUGUUAUACUUCAUUAUCAUCAUUGCCAUCUCGUCGGUCAUUGUCUACGGGCAGGGUAUAGCAAAUGGACCAAAGGAGAUUGGCGGCGCCCACCUCACUUAUAUGGAUGCACUUUUCCUCUGCUGUAGAUUGAACCCCGUGGACCUAGGCGACGUAUCUGGGUUCCAGCAAGCUGUCUUCUGCAUCUUGAUGAUCAUCGGAAAUAUCCCUUUUGUCUCAACAGCCGUUGUGUUGAUCCGAAGAACGUUGUUCCGCAAGAAGAUGGCAGAUGUGGUGAAGCAUUCGCACACAAUGCGGAGACUGGUCCAAGAUAUCGAAGACAACCGGCAUACAGGCAGAGAAGAAAGUAGCCGCAACGGAAGCUUGAGACAGAGGCCAGCGGGAGAGCCCAGUUUACCCGCGAAUGGCAAGCAAAGGCAGAGAGACAGAUCACCAAAGAAGUUACCACCACUUUCAAAGAGCCGCACCUACCAUUACCAGACAGGAUUUGGCUUCAUCCCAACGCCAUGGGAAACCAAGCUUGCGCGCAACUUCUUCAGUCGCAUCUUCGAUAAGCUAACCAGCGAGCUGAAGCCUGAACAGCAUGACUACGUAUCUUUCAAGCCACGGUUGGAUUCCAAAGGCCGAUUCUUGGAGCUUAGCGAGCACGACAGGCUUGAACUAGGAGGAGUGGAGUAUCGCGCACUUCAAGCUUUACUCAUGAUUUUGGUUGGCUACCAAGUAUUUUGGUACUGCAUCGGGGUACUAUUCCUGGUACCAUACGCAUACCGCAAUGACAUCAAGAACGUGCUGAACGAAGCACAACCGAACGGGGUGAAUCCUGGCUGGUGGGCCUUUUUCUGUACCGCCACCGAGUUUGCCAACGGUGGGCUGAACGUUUUGAACGCCAACUUCAUUCCUUUUAGCGGCAAUCCCUACAUCCUGCUCGUCGCGGGAGUUUUAGCUUUCGCCGGCCAAACCCAGUUUCCGAUCUUCCUCCGAAUGCUAAUCUGGACCAUGAAAAAGUUGUGUCCUAUGGGAUCCAGAUUUAGGAACACGCUGGAGUUCCUCCUACAACAUCCACGACGAUGCUUCAUCUAUCUGUUCCCCAGCCGCGAGACAUGGUAUCUUUUCGCUAUACAAUUUGUCAUCGACGUCACAGCAUGGCUUUGCUUUGAGAUUUUGAACAUCGGCAUGCCAGACGUCGAAGCGCUUCCUAUAGGCACCCGAAUCCUCGAUGGCCUUUUUCAGGCGACAGGGCUGCGUACAAGUGGAGCCUAUAUAAUCGGUUUUGGUUCUCUAGCACCAGCAUGUCUCGUCGCCUAUCUCGUCAUAAUGUACAUAUCUAGCUACCCCAUGGUACUGACAUUACGAAAGACGAACACGUACGAAGAACGUUCUAUCGGGCUAGAAGAGCACGACAGUAGUGCCGCUGGUAUAGCAUCGCAUCUCCAGAAACAGCUGGCUUACGACAUCUGGUUUCAGUUCUUUGCUUUCUUUCUUGUUUGUGUCAUUGAGCGUGGGCACAUUCUGCGCCAAGAUCCUGGUUUCAAUGUCUUCUCAAUACUGUUUGAGGUCACGUCCGCAUACGGCACCGUUGGCUUAAGUACCGGAAUCCCAGGCAAAGACUACAGUCUCAGCGGCUCGUUUGCUAGUUUGAGCAAGGUUGUCAUGCUGUUCGUCAUGGUGAGAGGUAGGCAUCGCGGAUUACCGCUUGCCAUCGACAGGAGUAUACUGUUGCCUGGGGAAGAAUUGAUGCGACGCAUGGACGCAGAAUAUAGUGCGCAAGGCAGAAGCAGUCCCGAAGAGGUGGAAGAGCUUGUAAACGACAUCGAGGAAAGUGGAAAGUAUCGUCCGGAGACGGGGAAGGGGGAGCAAGAUCCAGAGGAAAGGACCCCAUCUCAAUUGAGGGCUGAGACGGACAAAGAUUGUGCACGAUGGGAGUGA